AGAUAUUAAUUGACAGUAGCGUGGGUGAGGUCUUUUGGAAAAAGUGCAUAGAAAAUAGCGAGCUUUUGCGAAAAACACACAGUAGUUGAGAAGAAUAAAAGAAUUUAAUUUAAAACGAAAAAGAGAAAUACACGAAAAUGGAUUGCGGUGGUGUUAUAGUGAAAUAUAUACUUUUCAUAUUCAACAUACUCUUCGUAGUAUGCGGCAUAUUGUUAAUUAUCUUCGGUUCCAUAUUGGUAUCGCAUAUACAACAAGUUGGCAGCGUAGCGCAAACCUUAGAAUCUAACAGCGUACCCAUAGCUAUACUUGUAUUGGGAUGUGUAAUCUUCAUUAUCUCUUUUCUGGGUUGCUGUGGUGCAAUACGUGAGGACACAUGCUGCACAAUGACCUACUCAGUCUUCAUGCUCAUUUUAUUCCUGGCACAAAUAGCACUGGUUGUGCUUGUUUGGACACAACGUACCAAAUUUCUCAAUUCGAUGGAUAAGGUUGUUAAUACAAUUUGGAAGCAACACAACACGGAUCAGAAAGUGAUGGACGCCUUGCAAUUGACGUUCAAUUGUUGCGGCUUAAAUGGCUCCACUGACUACACAUUCAAUUUGGAGUCCGUACCAAAUUCCUGUUGUGGUCCAAAUGCCAUCUCUUGUAAUAUGUUGGAAGCAACGAGCAAGGCUGGUUGCGAGCAAGCAUUUAAUUCAUUCUGGGAUAAAAGCAUAAACAUUGUACGUUAUGCUGGCUUGGGCGUUGCUGCAGUUGAGUUGGUUGCAUUCAUCUUCGCUUGCUGUUUGGCUAAUCAAGUGCGCAAUACGAAAAGAAGAGCGAACUACUAGUAGUAAAAUGAUAUUGCCAUGAAGUUGUUAUAAGCUAAA